UUUUUCUUCAGAGAUUCGAAACCGCUUGCAUGCACACCCAAUCGUAGUAUAUUACACCGCCGAGGAGGUUUAUGUUGGCUACAGCUUGCAUUUCGGACUCCUCGAACCAGAGUAGCUUCACUGGUGAGGUUCUCAACGUUCGCGUGUAUCCGCCAUUUUCAGCUGAUUGAAAGCAGGUAGACCAAAAUACCUCACGGUGCCGGUCAAAAUACAACAGCAAGAACUUUUAGGUCCCGGUAAUAUUCAUCCUAGCUCGCAAUCACAACUCCAACUUGAACUGCAGAAUUCAUGUGAGCACAGCUUGCCUUGAAGGUGCCAGAUCCCAGGGUGGAUUUUCCAUGGAGCAGGUGAGCCCUAGGAUGAUGACGGUGCCCAGCGGGGUGGUGGAGACUCUGGACGGGGUCCCGCCCCACGUGUGGAAGGGGCUGCCGGAGGACAUGCGGCUGCGGAGGUCGGGGGUCCAUCAGAACCGCAUCGGUGUCUGGGCCGCCAAGCUCAUUCCCAAAGGAAAGAAAUUCGGCCCGUUCGUGGGGGAGAGGAAGAAGCGGUCCCAGGUGACCAGUAACGUGUACAUGUGGGAGGUGUACUUCCCAGCCUGGGGGUGGAUGUGUGUGGACGCCACGGAUCCUCUGAAGGGGAACUGGCUGCGCUACGUGAACUGGGCGCGCUCCACUCAGGAGCAGAAUCUCUUCCCCAUGGAGAUCAACAGGGCCAUUUACUACAAAGUCCUCAAGCCAAUCGGACCAGGAGAAGAGCUGCUAGUGUGGUACAAUGGGGAAGACAACCCCGAGAUAGCAGCUGCACUAGAGGAAGAACGGACCAGCAGCUCCAUCAAGAAAAAUUCGCCUAGAGCAAGGAGAGCCAGAAGGAAGCUUUUGGAGAGAGCCAAGCAAGGCGGUGUGAAACGUGCACGUGACCAGAAGCAGCCGAGCGGAAAGGGGACUGCUGUCACGGAGACCGGUGUCGUCACGGAGACGGGUGUCACCGUGAUGUGGGAACCUGAAGACGGUGAGCGCUCUGAUGGCUGUCCUGAGGCAAUCGCUCCAGUCAUCUGACCCCCCCCCCCCCCC